GAAGUACAUCACUUGAAGUUGGGAGAGGAGACCACCCUCAGGAGGAAAACAAAGGCUGUGAAGUACAUGGCGUAGAAGGCUUGAAACAGUUACCACUCUCGUCCUCUCUUUCUACGGAGUUACUUUGUGGCUGGAGUUGGGUAAUCCCCCGCAUCUCUUGUGUCACUCCUGCUUUGAUAUGUUGGGAUUUGUCAUCUUUGCCCUUGUGGCAUUCUUCGGACUGCUUGUGGCGCUGGUUAUAAUGUUCUGGCCGACGACAAAGAAGGCUGCCAACGAGCUGGGCAUACCUGGGGACUUUCCCAGUAACAACAAAACUGGUAAUGCGCAGGAUAUUGCAGCAGCAGGCAGUCUACACGACUACCUGUGUGGCCUGCAUGCACGUCAUGGACCACUGACCGCAUUUCAUUUGGGACAGCAGCUUGUUGUCAGUGCCGCGUCGCCGAAACUAUUCGAUGAGCUCAAGUCAUCCUUCAAUAGGCCCGCUGACUUGUUCAAGCUGUAUGAACCCCUGUUCACAUCGCACAGCCUGUUGUAUCUGAACACAUCGCAAGCCAAGGAACGACAUCGCCACUUCGGUGCGGCGUUUCAGGGCGAAGCUCUGCAAAACUUCUACUCGCUUUUUGUCCCUAAUACAAUGGAGUGCAUUGGCAAGUUCCUAUCCAGGCCUAGCGGCGAGCAUGUCAACAUCACGCGCAGUAUGUUCCAGCUAGCUACCUCAGCAUUCAGUCAGGCUGCGUUCGGAAGCUUCUUUGCGCAGCAAACCGCACAACAGGAGCUUCAGAGCAUCUGUGAAGAGUGUUGGCAUGAGCUAGAACAUCGGCUGGAUCUAAACCCUCCAUCUGCAGAUCGCAAAGCCAAGUUCGAAAAAAAUCAACAGUCGCUGUGCAGUCUCAUUGAACGCUGUAUCAAGUACCGCCGCCAGGGGAGCAAGGCGGACUUAGAGCACACGCUGUUCAUUGAUCGUUUGCUGGGUGAAGAACGCAAUAAUGAUGAGACUAUUGGAGAAGCAGCCACGUUUCUGUUCAACAGCCUCCACACCACUGCCUAUUUGCUAGUGUGGGCUGUGUACUACCUGUCACGCAAUAAGAAUGUCCAGGACAAGGUGGCUGCAGAGGUUCGGGAGGUUCUCGGUGACUCGGGAGCGCCCACCCCAAGCAACAUUAGCAAACUUAGGUACACCAAGCAAGUAGUGGAUGAGACGCUACGCUGCUCUGUCUUGUCUCCACUUGCUGCCCGCUACUUUGACGCGGACACGGAGCUUGGUGGCUACGAAAUUCCUGCAAAGGUACCUGUUAUUGCUGCAAUCGGUGUUGUUCUGCAAGACGUAACCAUUUGGCCACAGCCAGAACGGUUUGAUCCAGAGCGGUUUAGCCCGGAGGCCAUCAAGAAGCGCUCGCCGCGCUCCUGCGAAACGUUUGGUCUCGCUGGACGACGAUGCCCGGGAUUCCAAUACGCCAACACCCAGGCAGUAAUCAUUCUCAGUUUGCUGUGCCGACAGGUCUGCUUCAGCCCUGUGUCCGAUAAGAAGAUAGCAGUGAGUCGGGGUAUCAUAUCUCGGCCCACUGACGACGUGGAGGUGACACUGAAGAAACGCUAAAUCGAAAACAAAGACCGGCAGACUUGCUUUGCUCCUCGGCUAAUCGUCCAUGACCCAGCCGAGACUUGGCCAGCACUACUUCCAGCACUACGUCUUGAUACAGAACAGUUGAUCACAAGCCAGCCAACACACUGUCAACUGUCGACCUAAGGCUAAGAGUGCCCGAUUGGUGUACUGCGUCUGUUACUAUGAUGACGCUAGUGACUGUGGCUACUCUGGCUUUGUGAUCUCUAGCAAUGGGCAGCGUGACACUGAUGACAAUCUAUGAGUUGAGUACCCCGGUGGUGCUUGCUAGUGUAAAUCGAAGUUCUGGGCAGCUUGGCAUAGCACACGGCUCAGCAAGCUCUACUGAGUACUGAUAUCAUAGUGAUACAGUACUCUUCCUGUAUGAGCCGGUGCAGACUUCUGCAAAUUGUACUUCGAAGUACAGUUAUUCCAUCAGGAGGCGCUUUGUUGUGGCAGCUUCCUGUCUCUCCACUGCCAAUCCUAGCUGCGUUCCAAACUCUUGUCAUGCAUUGUAUCCUUUUUUUACUUACUCUGCUGCAGACUCUUACUCACUUCCAGGACUCUUUUUAUUUUAUUUUAUUGUCACUGCGCUAACAUCAGUCGUUGUCUCCUGCUACACAUUUACAUUUUUUGUCUUGAAUUGCGAACUACCUGAUUGCUAGUAUUACUCAAUCUGCGGACAGAAUUACUAGUAUUAUGUAUUGAGGCUCAAUAGUGGUAGCGGCUUUAAGCUUUGGUGAUACACGUUAUCAGCUGACAGAUCACCGGUAUCACGAUGAUGAGCAGGUAGUCGAGUGUUGCUAGGGGCCUGUAGUAUGGCAUAUCAUGUCACUGAA